AUGAACUUAUCCGACUUAAGGGGUUUUGUCAGCAGUUUGGCUGUAAUUACAACAGUGCUUCAAUUUUUAUCUGGCACACUAGUAUGUAAACAGUAUGUAUCUAACCGAACUACUGCCGAAGCAUCACCACUACCUUUUCUUUUUGGAAUCGUUUCGUCUGGACUUUGGCUUCUUUAUGGGCUAACGAAAAGUGAUGAUAAAAUCGUUUUAGUCAAUAUAAUUGGAGUAACUCUAAUGGUAGCUUAUACUAUAGUAUUCUACAUUUAUACAUUUAAAAAGUCAUCUUUGUUAAAACAAAUUAUUAUAAUGGUGUGUUUUUUAUUAUUUGUUAUGGGAUAUGUGUUUGUAGAAGAAGACAAUGAAGAACUUUUAAGCAGAUUAGGAUUAUUGGCCUGUUCACUGACUUUGAUGACCAUAGCAGCACCAAUGAGUAAGCUGAUUUAUGUCUUAAGAGUGAAGAGUACUGAAUGUUUACCGUUUCCCAUGAUACUGAUGUCUUUUUUCGUCUCAUCUUUAUGGUCUUUAUAUGGAUUUAUAGAAGAAGAUUCAUAUUUAAUUGUGCCAAAUUUUAUAGGAAGUGUGUUAGCUUUGUUGCAACUGUCCUUAUUUGUGAUGUACCCAAGAAUAUCAGAAACGUCAAGCUUAAUGAAAAGUAUUAUAGCUUGA